GGAAAGCACACUCUACACUCCCCCUUGCUAGCGUAACACGAGUUGUGAUGUUAGCCUGUUUUCUUGGACACUCCUAGCGCUUUAUCCCACUAAAACCCUGCUAGUUGUUUCAAGCCCCCCUCAAGAAACCAUGGCCGAGCAGGCCUCUGGACCCCCUCUGUCGUCCCAACAUGACGAGGUGCUCCAGCAGCGAGUGGCGGCUCUGGAGCAGGAGCGAGCCGAGUUCAUCAAACUGAAGCAGCAGCUGGAGGUCGAGUUCAACCAGAAGAGGGCCAAGUUCAAAGACCUGUACCUCGCCAAGGAAGUGGAGGUGAAGAGGCAGGCCGUGGUGCUUGACGGCGCUCAGGCCGAGCUGAGCUCCCUGCAGGCUCAGCUGGAAGAGGCCCGGUCUGAGAUGGAGAACAUCAAGGCGGUGGCCACCGUGUCGGAGAACACCAAACAGGAAGCCAUCGACCAGGUGCGCAGCCAGUGGCAGGAGGAGGUGGCGUCGCUGCAGGCCAUCAUGAAAGACACCGUAAGCGAGUACGAGGUCCAGUUCCACCAGCGCCUGGAGCAGGAGCGCUCCCAGUGGAACCAGUACAGAGAGGCUGUGGAGAGGGAGCUGGGGGAGCUGAGACGCCGCCUCACCGAGGGCCAGGAGGAGGAGAACCUGGAGGACGAGAUGAAAAAAGCCCAGGAGGAUGCGGAGAAGCUGCGUUCAGUGGUGAUGCCGAUGGAGAAGGAGAUCGCGGUGCUGAAAUCCAAACUCUCCACGGCCGAGGAGCGGGUGAAGGAGCUGGAGGCCUCUAAGGUUAACAACACUCCUUUUUUGGUCAAAGAGCUAAAUCACGUCCUGGAGGCGGAGAAGUCGUGUCGUACGGACCUGGAGAUGUACGUCGCCGUGUUGAACACUCAGAAGUCCGUGCUGCAGGAAGACGCGGAGAAACUACGGAGAGAGCUCCACGAAGUGUGUCACAAGCUGGAGUUGGAACGGCAGCAGCACAACCAGCUGAAGCACACGUGGCAGCGAGCCAACGACCAGUUCCUCGAGUCCCAGCGCCUCCUGAUGAGAGACAUGCAGCGGAUCGAGAACGUCCUGUCCUCAGAACAACUGCGCCAGGUGGAGGAGAUGAAGAAGAAAGACCAGGAGGAGGACGAGAAGGAGAGGCUGAGCCAGGUGAAGGAUCUGCAGGAGGAGGAUGCGGGAGACAACACGGAGCCUCUGGAGGAUUUACUGCUCGGGCUGAGCGUCGAGGAGCCUAACCUGAGCACCCACGGCUCCAUGCACUCUUUAGACACUGACGUGGUGGCGGGCAGCCUCCUGGACCCCUACAAGGAGAACCUGCGGAGGGUCCAGUCCACAGACAGCCUGGGCUCCUCGCUCUCCGUGCAGCAGGGCCUCGGGGGCCACAACCACAAGGCUAAGUCGGACAGCAACCUGGACGAGUCGGACUUUGGGCCCCUGGUGGGGGCGGACUGCGGCGCGACAGACAUUAGUUUUGGCGACACGUCGUCCAUCGGCUCCAUGAAGCUGACGGCGAGCCACUUCCUGCUCACUAAAGACCAGGAGAAAGCCAUCAAGGCCAUGACGCCGGAGCAGGAGGAGACGGCGUCGCUGCUCUCCAGCAUCUCCCACGCCCCCGACAACGCUUAUCUACCGCCGGGGGGGUACAGGCUCGUCAGCGACAGCGAGUGGAACCUGCUGCAGCAAGAGGUUAAAAACGCUGGCAGGAAGCUGGGCCGGCGCUGUGACAUGUGCUCCAACUACGAGAAGCAGCUGCAGGCCAUCCAGGGACAAGAGGCCGACACACGAGACCAGGUGAAGAAGCUGCAGGUGAUGCUGCGUCAGGCCAACGAUCAGCUGGAGAGAACGAUGACGGAGAAACAGACUCUGGAAGACUCGGUCAAAGUGGGCAACGAGGAAACCGCUGCUAAGGUGUCCGCCCUCAUGCAGAGGGUGCAGGAUUCGGAGACGUUGCUCGGCGCGCUGCAGCAGGCCUUCAGUGAAGCUAAGAGCAACACGCAGCAGCAGAUGGCGGUGCUGGUGAAGUCGAGGGAGCAGGUUGCCGACGAGCUGAGCCGUCUGCAGAGAGACAACGAGAGCCUGCAGGGGAAACACAGGCUGCACGAGGAGCUGCAGCAGCAGGAGGACUUCCAGAUGCCCAACACUGUGCAAGAGCUGCACGGCCUGGUGGUGCGGUUUCGAGAGGACGUGGUAGCGUUGCGGACAUCGGCGGAUCACAUGGAGGAGAAGCUGAAGGCGGAGAUUCUGUUCCUGAAGGAGCAGAACCAGGCGGAGCAAUGUCUGAAGGAGAACCUGGAGGAAACCCUGCAGCUGGAGAUCGAGAGCUGCAAGGAGGAGAUAGCAUCUUUCUCCAGCCUCAAGACGGAGAUGGAGCGGAUAAAGGCGGAGAAGGAAAAGUUUGAGAGCAGUCUAGCAGAGAAGACGGAGACUCUGGAGAACCUGCAAGGUCUGAGGAUCAGUCUGGAGAGGCAGCUUAGGGAGCUCACCACGGCAAAGAGUGCACUACAGACUCAGGCGUUCGAUGAGAAGGACAAAGCUCAGCGACUGCAGACGGAGCUGGACGUCAGUGAGCAAGUUCAGAAGGACUUUGUCAAACUUUCUCAGACUCUUCAGGUUCAGCUGGAGCGAAUACGACAAGCGGACUCUUUGGAGCGAAUCAAAGUCAUCCUCAACGACACCAACUUCACUGACAUCAACCAGCUUCCAGACACAUGAUGGCACCACUGACAGGAAACCGCCUUCAGCUUCAUUCCCCCUCCUCUUCUUCCUCUUCUUCUUCUUCUUCUUCCUCUCGUCACCAACCCCCCAAUAACAUUAUUGAUCCUCCUCCUCCUCUCCUCCUCCUCCUCCUGCUGCCCCGUAACCACCACAGAAGAAGAGUUUCGGAGGGACUAAAGGAGCCUUUUCCUUGUGUACAGAGCACACUGCGGAUAAUAGAAUAAUGAAGAACACUACUAAAUCCUGUAAAUAAGUAAAUGUGUGAUUGUGGACGGAGGGAUCUUCCUGUGGGUCUGUCUGUGUCUCGUUUCUACUGUAGAUAUAUAUUUCCGUCUGUGUUAGCUCAACCAAAAAAAGGUUUGUCGUCGUCUAAAAGCACUUUUCAUCGUCUCUUUCCACGUAAAUUUAGAAAAAAAACGGAUGAAUACAAAUUUUCCUCGUCCUUGAUAAUCGCUUCCCGUUUCCGCUCGCCUCUUCUUUCCUUUAAGCUGUUUUCCUGUGGCUUAUUCCUCCUUGUUCGGCUCAUUUUCACCCUGGAAACAAAGACACGAUGAAGGAGACUCAUGGGAAAUACUUGCACAUAAUUUAACUGACAAAAAAACAACAGGAUUUCAGCAAAAUCAUUCUUAAAAAGCCUCUCCUAACAUCUGACAGAAGCCUUUUGGUUUUAACAGCUGCACCAAUACAGUGAAGAAACAUGUCCUGUUCUACUUUUCAGGUUGAAAAUAAUGGAUUUUAAAACACCUUUUUAUUGGUUUCUUUAUUUGAGUUUCUUAAUGUAAUUUAAAAGCUCUUACAUCACAAUGAGCUGCUUUAAAUUAUAAUUAAAAAAGCUCACUAUCCCAGCAUUAGAAGAGCGAUUAAGUGCUGAUUUAAAGACACUCGGUGGGUUAAAUCCCAACAAAAUUCAAUUAUUUUUUCAUAUUUAUCCUUCGAUUACAAGGUUUAUUUAUCACCAACACAAAUAAUCUUUGAAACUACAAAUGGGUUUCAAUUAAACACUUUUGAAGCUAGUUUAUGCAGCGUUAUUGGGUGAAAAUAAUCCAGAAUAUCCUCCUCGUAUUGUAAUUCAAGCGUUAUUUGAGAAUCACACUUCUGCAAAUCUUCCUUGCUGUUUUCAUCACAGAUCAUUUCAGAGAGAAAGCAUUCCUAUUGGCUGUUCAGCAAACGUAGACGUGCCUGCAUGGUGAUUUCAGAAGUAAUAAUCCUGGUGCAACGGGGGAGUAUCCUGCAGAAAAAGUGGCCUGUGAUGCUUUGGAAACACUGCAGAGAAACCCAGAAAAAGGAGGUUGAAAUUAAUUGAAAAAGAGCUGUAAAUUAUCAGGGAAGCGUUUCAGAGAGAGAGAGAAACCUGGCACUCGUCUGAAACGCUUUGCCGAUUUUGUACAUAGCCUUGAAUCAUAGCAUACUGUCCCAAAGGGCUUGACAGAUGGAGGGCUGUAAUUUCACCUCAUGCAUCUCCAGAAAACUGUCUUCCCUGGGCUACCACUUGAAGGACAACAUGCUCAAAAUAUGAUGAAUUCUUGCCUAAAAUGCACAAAAAAUCUGCGUAAUCCAGCUUUAAACCUCAGAAAGCAAACCAAGACUGAUCUGUGAUUGAUGCAUUAAAACAAACAAUAUCCUUAAGACUUUGCGAUCAGGAAUGCAUCGUUAGUGACCUUUCUGCAUCCGGAAUUGACAUCCAGAACCACUAAAAGCUCUGAGAUUUUAACCAAAUCAAAGACUUUAAAUCUUUUCCCCAGACUUCUAACUCAAAACGAGGAAUCUUUAGUUCUCCAAACAUAAACAAAUCUUAGAGAUCGACCUUUUUAGAUGUUGAAUUCACAUUAAAACGUCUACAGUUUAAGAAGGAAGCGUAAGAUGAAGCUACUUUACACUGCAUCACAAAAAGGUGGAAAAAGCUUUGGUGUGUUUCCAUUAUGUGGUAAUUAAAGGGUAUUUCAGACACUUUUAGACAAUCUGACAAGUGUUUUUAAUGAGGCAUCCUGAGGCUUUUACCCAUCCUAAAAAGACCAAUUAUACUUUAUAAUUAUCCAUAUUCAUUUCAACUAAAAAUGUGGAUUUUUUUGCCCCAGAAUUACACAUUAAAUCUUGGUGUUUUGAAGUCUCAUUGCCCCUUAAAAGGUCAUUGAAUGCUUUUAAAUUGGUCUUAAGUAAGUGACUCUAGGUCUUUUGUGACAGGGUUUCUAUUAUUUCACACUUCAAGAGCUGGUGCAUCAGCUGCUGCAUUUAAGAUAUAGAGAAAUGUAAAAAAUGAGCGACUUCUGGAGCUGAUUUAGUGGGAAAAUGACUCCUUUCACUACAGUCUCAGAAAAACAGGACUUUACCAACCUCAAUUAAUUAAAUUCAAUGGUUUUUCUGUUAUUUUCCCAGCAGUCUCCAUAAAUACGGACUGUGCCACGAUGUUUCGCACUCACUCAAAGCGGCAGAAAUUCAUUUCUCUGGAAACUACGAGGCUUGAAAUGAUCCUGAGAUGAAAAGGAGGGCUUCUCUUUGCAUCGUGAUUAAAACAUAUAAACAUGCAAACAGCAGCUUUUAGGACCUGUUGAUUUCUUCUGUUGACGUGCAUGUCGUACUCUUCCUUUGUGUUGCAUUUGUCCAUACUGUAGAUAUCUGAAGUUGGUAUUUAUGAUUCAGAAAUAUCAAGUUGCACUGACAGAAAAACUGUGUGUCUGAGUGUGAGCGGAGAAGUAGAUAACGUUCAAUAUUCAUGAUGUUUCUUCUCUGAAAAGGCCUUAUUGCAUUAAGGCGUGGUGUGUUUUUAACUUUAUUUGUGACAUUUAAAACCCUCUAAUUGAACGUAUGUCUCCUACAGUGACACAUUUCACUCGUGGCCCAUGUGGCAUUAAUAUGAGGACUCAUCACCGGAAAAAUCCACUGGUUUUUAAGAGUUUUUAUUCCAUAAUCUCUGAUCUAACACCGUUAAAUCCCCCAAAUUAUUGUAGUAAAUGUUAAAAAAUGAGAUGCAAGUUUGAAUUUGUCUGAAAUCUCUAACUGUGCACCGGCUACUACUUUGUUUUUAGCAUUUUAAUAAUGAAAAACGACAUUUACAGCUUAAGUAUGAGCUUUAAAUAUGUGUUUUGGAUGAGUUUGAAUUGGAUUUUUGUUAUGUUUUAAGCCCUGUUUAUUUUACAUCUACAACAAAUGCAAACUUCAAUUUCCCUAUCAAAAAAUGUAAGGUAACAUACGGUCAGUUCAUGAAACACAAGCGAAGGAAUAACCUGUUUUAAAUAUCAGUAUUUGUUCCUUAAAGAACCAGAAAAAGAGCGUUUUUAUUUGUAUUCUGUUUUUGCACUUUACUGUUAAAUGCCGGUCAAUAUUAACCACUUAACACGGAUUAAAAGCGCACAGUUUGAACUUUCAGAUGCAGCUUUUAUCAUUCCACUUAAAGCAUUGGUAUGUUUUACAUUGUAAGAUCUGCACGAGACAGAAAAUCUCACGUUGCUGACAAAUUAAAUGGCAUCCAGUUUAAAAUAAAACACUCCUGAUCCAGA